AUGUGGGGGAGAGUUGCGACUUGCCUUGGCUGCAUUGGGGUAGCCUUGCUCACCCUGCUGGUACCAUGGCAUCGCCGAUUUGGCUGGGCCCCUGCAGGCUCCGCUAUCGCUGCUUCCGGCAAUAUUACAGUAGGACAGAAGCAGGCCUUGAAUGCUCCGCAGACUGCCACCAGACCACCGUGUCAAUUCUGCCCUGCCAUAAACGCGCUACGUGUAUGGGAGUCUUCCAACUUGUCCGUGAGAACGGAUCUGGAAGUUCUGUGGCCUGCAAACGGCACCGUGGAGGUGAGUGUCGACAAGGAGGUCGAAGCGCUAGUAGUCGCCAAAUCAUUGAAGAAUCUCUACGCGGCACCGUUUGUGUUCGCAUGGAUCCGCUCUGCUGACGACACGCUCCUGGCAGCUGAAGCUGGCGUGCCGGUACCGGUAAAAUUUGGGAGACGUUCGACGAUGAUUGAGAAGUGGGUUCUCAGCUUCCGCCUGCAAGAUCCGGGUCAAUAUACUGUACACUUUCUGGCAGUCGUGCCUUCGCCAGCAGCCGAUAUCUCCGAUCCCCGGGCCUUCAAAAUCCAAGCCGUGGGCAGCCCACAGAGGCUCAAGGUGUCAGAGGUGGUCCAGCAGCCUGGCGGGGGUGCUGGACCAGCCACUGCUUUGAGAGAUCUUCCACUGCGUGCAUGCGAACUUGGGGCUGACGAGCUGAUGGGCAGAUGGGUGCGAAGCCUCAGCGAUGGGAAUGCCUCCUGUGGGUACUUGGGCUGCCCUCGGGACGGCUGGACCUUCGUUUCAAAGAGCUGCUAUUGGAAGGCUUACAAUCCGGAAGAGACCCUCGCAAUGGCAGAAAGGAUGUCCGAGCGCCGUUCGAUUGUGGUGGCUGGAAGUUCGGUUCUCCGAGGCAGCUUGCAGUCCUUGAUUGAUGCCUUGGUGCCGAACGCUUGGCAAUCGUUCGCGGGAGUGCCGAGUAUACCAGGCGAAGGUACGACGGUGAAGUGCUGGGGCUGGCUCGAGCAGCUUCGAGAAAGACAGUAG